AUGGCUUCUCUCCAAGAACUCGGCGCCGAAGUGGCGAAGCUCUGCGAAGCUCUGGGGUCGCAGCUCAAGGCCGGCAACCACCCGGAGCCGUCCUUCGCCGUGGACGGACCGGAGAGAUACCCGCACGACCCCGCAAUCCAGAUGUCCAGGUUCCAGCUCCUCGACAAGAUCAGAGACCUGCUCUACCUGACGACCGGCCCCGCCGACUUUGCCUUUAUGGAGGUCCCUCUAUUUGUAAGCCGGUCAAAUGGCCCUCCCUCCCAGGCACCUCAUAGCAUCAUAGCACUUCAUUCUCCGCCCAGCGAGCGAGUAAAAGAAACUAACACAACGAAACACUUCCAAAAGGCCCAACAUGACGUCAUCAACCUCAACGUCCUUAACGAGUUCGACUUCUUCGGCAUCGUCCCCGUCGAGGGCGGCGCGAGCUACGCCGAGAUCGCCGAGGCGACGCGGCUGCCCGAGGAGCUCGUGCGCCGCCUGCUGCGCUACUCCUUCACGAUGCGCGUCUUCGCGCCCGACGGGCCGGACCGCGUCGCGCACACGCCCUUCUCGGCCUACGUCGCGCGCAACCCCAUGCUCAAGAGCUGGAUCGGGCACAACGGCGACGAGUGCCGCACCGCGGGGCUGGGCUUCGUCCGGGCGCUGCGCGAGUUCACGGUCGGCAAGCCCGAGGUCAGCCAGGAGAUCGACGAGGGCGGCUUCUCGAUGAUCAUGCCGCGGCGCAAGGACGGCUCGCGCACCGACUUCUGGAAGGCGGCCGAGGACGAGCCCUGGCGCGUCAAGCGCUUCGCCGAGGCGAUGCAGGUCACCGGCAUGAGCGCCAUGGUCUCGAUCGACGUCGUCAUCGACAGCUUUGACUGGGCCGGUCUGGGCAACGCCACGGUCGUUGAUGUCGGCGGCUCCGACGGCCACAUCAUGGUCCCCGUCGCGCGCAAGCACCCCAGCCUCGACUUCGUCGUCCAGGACCUCCCGCGCCUCGAGCCCGACUUCAAGAAGUUCAUGGCCGGCGCGGCCUCCGACGUGGCCCCGCGCUUCGCCUGGCAGGCGCACGACUUCUUCAAGCCGCAGCCGGCGCUGCCCGGCGGCAAGGAGGCCGACCUCUACUUCCUCAAGCACGUCCUGCACGACUGGCCCGAGAAGUACGCCGUCAAGAUCCUGCAGGGCCUCGUCCCGGCGCUCAAGAAGCCCGGCGCGCGCAUCCUGCUGUGCGACAGCCUGAUCCCGCCGCUCGAGGAGGCCGGCCACCUGCCCAAGGUGGCGCAGAAGGGCAUGGCCAUGGCCGACAUGCAGAUGAUGAUGAUGUUCAACGCGCAGGAGCGGACGCCGGAUAUCUACGCGCGCGUGGUGGCCAAGGCGGACCCCAGGCUGAAGAUCAAGAACAUGAUCUCGAUCCCUGGCGCACUGAUGAGCCUGAUCGAGCUGGCGCUGGAGUAG